AUGAAAUUCCCGGUCAUUAUUUUGUCAACAUUGGCGGCUCUAGCAUUUGGAGCGGCGCUGCGGCCACGUGCUCUCGAGCCUUGCGAAUGCGAUCCGCCAGUAUGCCCGCAGCAGUUCUUGGAUGCUUUAUAUAUCUGUCAGUGUCACAAUAAUCACGCGUACGCCUGCUGGCAGAGGAAUUCAAGAACAUGCCAGAGUCCAUCAUUGGUUUAUAAAAAGGAAUGCGCUACAGCGGCUCCAAUUGCGACUGACACCCCAACACCGGCGAACUCAACGAUUACGACCACGACAUCCACGAUUGAUUCGACCACGGAGACUGAAUUACCACCGUUUAUGGUGGUUGAUCCAUACCCGUCCCCGACAACUUGUAUUGACCUAGGUCCUGGAUCAAACUCAUCGACAACUGCGGCACCUUAG